AUGAAUAAUGAUUUAAUAUUAGAUAAUAACAAUAACAAUAAGAAAUGCACACUUCAUAGAAAUAAAAUUUUAGAACUUUUAUGUUUAGAUUUGUUUUUCCAAGAUGGUCAACACCAUGGUCAUAAAACAAAUUGUAUGGAUUCAAAAGCAACAUCAGAUAUUCUCAAAAUGGUGAAUUUAUUUAAAAAUGAUAUUAUUCCAAAAUUAAAAGAAAUAGUUGAAAAUAAUAAACAAAUAAUUAAUGAAUCUGACAAUAUUUAUAAUGAAAUUAAACAACAAUAUGAAAUUAAUAAAAAUUUGGUAAUAGAUGAAUUCAAUAAAUUUCAUAAAAUACUUCAAAUUAUUCAAUUAGAUAUUCUAAAGCAAUUAGAAACAACAUUUGAUGAAAAUACAUUAGUAAAUACUAUUAUUAAUUCAUCAAUCAAAAAUAAUGAUAGUUAUGGUAUUACUAUGGAAUCAAUGAGUAAUGAAAUAGAUAAUCUCAAGCAUACUCACUUACAAUAUUGUGAUGAAAAUCAAAUAUAUAACUGGCUUGAAAAUGAAGAAAUUUAUCAAUUAAUUAAAAAAUAUCAACAAUCAUCAUUAAUAGUAAAUAAUAAAAAUUAUAUUGGUAGUUUAAAUAUAUUAAAAGAAUAUAAUAAUCAAUCAAUACUAUUCAAUAAUUAA